AUGAACCUCAAGCUCAACGUCUCGGAAGAGGCCUGGAGUCGAUGGAAAGCUGUCAUCCGCCACCUCUCCGAACCACACUACGACUUCCCUACCUCGAACCAUGCCGAGUUCAGUCUGCUCCUGCGAAUGUUCACCGGUACCGGCACCACCUUCCGCAUCUCCCGCGACCGCUGGAAGUUCGUCAUCAACGUGCUCCGAUCCGGCAACAACAUCAUCGACAUUGUCGCAAUCACCAUCAUCGCCCACACGAUCCAGGACGAGCGCCACAAUGGCUUUGUCAUCACGAAAGCAUGCCGAAUUCACCCCAACAAAGACACCAAGUCGCCCGGAUCCCCAGAGUUGAAGUGGUACACAGUCACCAGCGGCGGGGAGGCCUAUCAUCACUGCUGCGAUAAGGAAUGCAUCGGUCCCGACAGGGUCAACAAGCGCAAGCUCAACUGGGACUCCACGCGACUCAACAUCAUCCAGAAAGCCUUCGAGCAAGAGGUGCUCGAGCUCCAGCGGAAGAACAUUGCCCUUGCGAAAGAUCUGAACAAAUUGCAACGAAGAAAUGAGAAGAUGGUUCCCUACUCGGAGUAUGAGGCUCUGAGAGCUAAGACUCCAUCGGAGUCGAGCCAGCUCAAUCACGUCAGGAACCAGCUUACCUGGAGCGAACAGGAUGUUGCUCGGUAUCGAGAAAACAACCGUGUUAUGGCCGAAGAGAUUGUACGCCUGCGAGAACACGAUCACCUCAUGGCCAAGGAGAUCGAGAGUUUGAGAAAGCAACUGGAGACUUCGGAACAACAGCGGAAUCUUAUGAGAUACAACAAUGCGCAAAAGGAGUUCGAUUCAUUCGAGACAAGAAAGCAGCUGGAGGAAAAGAAGAUACGAGUAGCUCACCUUGAAAAGGAACUCGAGGGGCUGAGAAGCAAGAUCACAAACCAGCAGCAUGCAGUAGCUGAACCGCCGAUGCAAUGGUCACACUCACUCGAGCCGCAAUAUGGACCAGCGGAAUCGUGGGGACAAUGGUGGUACGCACCGCAGCAGCAGCCAACUUUCGUCGACCAGGUCUCAGGAAAGAAUUGCAAACUGGAGUUACAGGUUGCCCGGCUGACAACGAAGAACAAUGAGCUCACAGCCAUCAACGCCAAGCUGAGUUCUGAGAACCGUGAGCUAGAAUCGAAAAUCAGUCAGCUGCCGCCCAAGUCACACAAGAAACUCAUAGACGCCAACAACCAUCUCAAUUCAAAGACUCAGAAGCUCCAGUCAGAUAAUAACAAGCUUCAGUCCGAGAACAAGAAACUGCAGUCGGAAAACGUGCAGCUCAAGACCAUGUCUGCGGCGAUGAAACAAGUCAACGAGGACCUGAAGGCGAGACAAGCAUGUCUCGAAGACAGCAAGAAUCAAUUGGAAGAUCAACUGGAGUUUGCAGAGCAACAUUUGGAGCGGCUAAUGGAGAGCGAACAGCAGCUUGAGGUGGAGCAGGCAGACCUGGAAAGCGCACUUUGGGUUGCAGAUGAUCACAACCGCCUCCUCGAAUCUGAGGUCUACUUUUCCCGCAUCAACGAACAAGAGAGCUUCAACAAGCAAACCGAACACAUGACCGCCCUUGAGGACAAGAUCAAGCUCAAGGACGUUCUCAUCGAACAACUCCAAGCAAACAUCAUCCGUUACCAGACCCAGCCUCCUAGCCAACCAUCGACUUCGAGUCCAAAUAGCCAGCAACCGCUGUGCCGCGAAGAGCUGGAACGCCAGCGCCACAUCUCCCGCGAAGCGCACGAGCGGGCUUCCGACCUCGAGAGCAAGCUCGACGCGAUGAAGGCUGCCAUGACAGACAAGACGGACGAGAUGGCCAGCCUGGAGAAGGAGUGGUCCGCGAAGGUGGCCGAGGCUGAUGGCAUGAAGAGGCGGUACCACGACAAGGAUGCGUACAUCACGAACCUGGAGACGAAGCUGGAGGAGCUGAGGGGCACGAUGGAGAAUGUGCUUGGACAAGUCUCGAUGCAUCAAGGUCGAAAGAGACGCCGGACUGAGGGACCGGACUUUCAGCUGUGA